GGUGACUGACAGACUGGCAAGCCUCUGUGCCGGCUGGAAAAAGCCCGCGGGAGCAGUGCCGAUGGAUGCGAUUCUGAACUGCAGCGCGGAGGAUUUGGAGGAUUACUACAACUUGCUGGGAUGCGACGAGCUGUCGACGGUUGAACAAAUUCUUGCAGAAUAUAAGAUUAAAGCUCUUGAAUGUCAUCCUGACAAGCAUCCUGGAAACCCCAAAGCAGUGGAGAGUUUCCAGAAGCUGCAGCAAGCUAAGGAGAUUCUCACUAACGAAGAGAGCCGGGCGCGCUACGAUUACUGGCGACGAAGCCACAUCACCAUCCCCUUCCAGCAGUGGGAGGCCCUGAGCAGCUCCGUGAAAACGUCAAUGCACUGGGCUGUCCAAAGUAAGAAGGACCAAAUGCUGGAGGCCCCUGACUUCAGUAAUACCAACAUAACUAAUGAGAUUUGGACCCACCAGACGGAAAACAAUGAAGAUGGAUUGUUGGGAGGGAACAGAGAGCAGGAUGAUGUUGCAAUUCCUGAUGUGAAACCACAGUCUUCAAAGAAUCCAGACUCCCCAAGAUUUUCCGAGGGAAAUUACUGGCACUUGCGUUUCCGCUGGUCAGGUGAUGCUCCAUCAGACCUGCUGAGGAAAUUCAGAAACUAUGAGAUCUAAAAUGCAGAAUACACCAGAGCAGGAGAUCACGUGUUCGACAGUGCAGUAUUUUUGUUUGUCAGCAGUUAUAAGUUAUUUGUGUUUUGUAUUCACUCCUUGUAACGUGAACGUUGUUCCAAUCACUGUCUAAAUGCUGGUUUAACACACGUGCUGUGAGCACUGCAGGUGGAGGUCUUUUUGUUUAACAAGCAAAGCCUUUUCAGUAUUAACAUGAAAUGAUUUUGUGAAGUUAUCUAGUAUCUUAUAUAUUGUUUCUUGUAUUCUGAAAUACUGUGUAGUGGUUAAUAUUUCUCUGAGUGCUGCGAUGUUAUAAAGAACAUACUCUCAGUAGAACCAAAAGCCAAUGUUGGACUUCAGGGUAUCAUUCUGUUCAGAGAUGACCAUCCUAAAGCUCUUUGACAAUGAACUGUAAACAAAACUGUGCUUAUUUCUGAACUCUGUGCUCUGGUUCACUUCUCCAUGGCACUGUACUCACUGCAGUGAUUUAUAAUGCAGGCAAUCACAAACUUAACUUGGAGAAUUGUGAUCUUAUGAUAGAGAUGAAAAAAGAAGGCUCUUAUUAUCCAAGAAGGUCACUGUGAAAGAUCAAACACUCCUAAAAUAUCUCUUAAUUUCUACCCUAACGAGUACAGCUAUUUGCGCCAGCUGUUUAUUUUGGAAGGCAGUUCCAAAACUUUACUUGUCCAGGUAGCAAUGUUUUUUAAUUAAGAUUUAUUGGUGGACAACUGAUCCUCCUUGUUAUGCGUGCCAGCAUUGUCCUUUGGCUUCACAGCAAUUUCCCACCCUGCUCAGGUGGGAUAGACAUGGUUUUAUCAGGGUUUUGUAUGGUAGGAAUGAAGAAUCAGAGAAGUCAGCACUAAUGUGUACAAAAUCUCACAUGCUAGGUUUUUGAUAUUUUGGGCAGCUUCUCAAAUUCUACAUAGUUGUUUAUUUAUUUUGUAUUUGCUUUCUUCUUUGCAAAUCUGGCUAAUAUGUCAGACUUUGUGGUUUUGUGUAGGCAGAGAAUUCCAUCAGCAGCAAAUAAAACUGCCUGCAUACAGAAAAGGGGUUGCUUUCAUCUUUUUAAUUAAAUCUUUCACCCACCACAGAGAUCCCUUUAGAAUUUCUUCUUAUUUGUACCCUCAGUGGGUAAAAGCUUAAGAGAGCUUAAGUUAUGCAUCUUGGGCAUCUCACUGGGAAGUAUAACCUGAAAAGUACAGUGUUCUGCCAACAUGGAAACAAUGCUAUGAUGUCUGUCUCCCUCAUGCAGGGCUGAUGUGCUGACUGACCUACUGUGCUUCUCCUUGCAUACUUUGCAGCUAGAAACAUUAUGGAGAUGAGAUUAAUAAUUCUCUAAUAUCUGGUAAAUGUAAUCAGUUUUUUUUUUAGUGCAUGUGCUGCUUUACUUCAUACAAAGGUAUUUGCUCAAGAAAGACUUUCAGUCCACAUUAUAAAGAGGGAUUGUAAACAGUGUCAAACAGCAGUAAUAGAAGAAACUCUGGUUCAUUUGAAGGAUAUACAGUAAUAGGGAACAAUUUUCCCUCUAACAAAAAAAUGGGAAUGCAGCCAGCUGGAGCACUUUGAAUCAGGUGGCAGCUCAGAUUCUCCUCUCACCAUUUCGCUUGCCAGUAAAAGUGAAAGGGGGUAGUUGGAUGGAUGAUUUAGCACUUAAUGAGCUGGUUUCUCUUGAGAAGUGAGUACACAAUGGACCUUUGAACAGCAGGCUCAUUGUUGUUGUCAUUAAAACUGAUGUCCUGAUUAGCCAAUUACUGCACGGUUUGUUUUGGCAAAGAACCUUUGGGUGUUUGUUCUGGGUGAAUAGUUGCAGAUAUUUGGAAGACUCUUAGCCUAGUGAAAGCUGAUGGCAAAACUUGUGUUUUGCAACGUGCCUGCUAGAGAUCAGUACUGUAAUUUGUAUUUGCCCUCUGAAGAGGGCAGGUUAUAACUGGUGCUCCAGAACACCAAUACCAUCAAUACAGCCUUUUUUUCUUUUUCUAUUUUUCUGUGUGUUAAACUUGAAAUGGUUCUGUAUUUCUCAACUAGAGUUGAAUUAACCUAUUCCUAGCAGAGCAGACCCAGGGAUACUGGAAGGCCAGAGGAAUUUGUGCAGCUUUUUGCUUUUUUUCCCCCCAAAAAACAGGUGGGACCUGACCUGUUGGCCAGUAGCAAUAGUUAGCUGGAAUAAGUGGGCAGCCUAGUUCUUCAUCAUGUAAGAAAGUAAAGAAAUAAACACCUGACAAAUUAGUCUGUGUUAGAUGACUCAGGGUCCACCCUCUGAGGGUAAGCUGCUUCUUUGCCUUUUUUUUUUUUUUAGAAGUUUUUCUGCUAGUAGCAUGAAAAGACCCAGCAAAUAUUCCCCAUGACAUUUUUAUCUACAGUGUGGUGCCUCGGCCUGGGCAGUGGUGAGCACAUUACACACUCCACAUGCUUAAAUUUUGACUGGGUCGGGAGUUGUGAGGUGGAUCUCAGGCUCUGAGAGGAUGUGAUAACGAGCCAAUGGUCAGGUGUACGUGGUUUUCAGUGGCACACAGAGAAUUUAACUUGCUUUACAAAGUGGAAACAGCUGCAAGAGGUUGGUUGUGGGGGUGGGGAACAACAGCGACAAACCCAGACACGACAUGUUAGAUUAGGGCCCUCGAGUCUCAAGCUGGAGGAAGAGGGCAGUUCUCUGCAAGUGAUGGUAAGGUCUCAUUUGCUUUUUCAGCACUUCUUGUGAGUUGUUUAGGUGGGUAACAAGGGGCUCUGAAUGUUCUGGGUACCUGAGGGGUCUGACUUGGUGUGUGCUUCCAUCACAACAACUGAGCAUUACCGUGCUGGAGUGCUACAGCUCUGAAUGACUUGGCUGAGAAUAAACUGAGAGGUGAGCCCAGCUCCUCUGGAGUCCAGUCAGAAGUGUUAAUAAAGCUUGGCCAUUACUGCACUUGUGAGGGCUGAAAAACUUCAAUGUGGAAGUUAUGAGAUAGCAGAUGGGGGUGCAGGUGGAUGAUGACAAUAAAAUACAGAGAAUGGGGCAUGUUGUUGAAUGCUGUGUUUCUACGUGUUUGAGACUGCAUUUGUAAGAUCAGAAAUUAAGCAACUAUUUAGCCAGUUGUUUACAGUGUAAUUGAGCAGCUGGGGGGGACCCUUGAAUUAUGUAAAAUUAUUAUAAUUUUAUUUACUGCUGUCAUACUUGUUGUGCAAAUGCGGAAUAUAUAAGACCAAGAAUGUUCUAGUUCUUGACAAACUUAUUGUUUUGCCAGUAUUUGCUGGGUUGUUUUGCCAACACUUCCCAAGUAGCAAUGUAAGAGUUAAAGUUUGGAUGAUGAAUACAGACAGUAUAUGACUUAAAAUCUCAGGCUGAGUAAUGCUGAAUGAUAGGUAAGGUUGUUUCCUGAAUGUUCUUUUCCUCUUUAAAUGAGAUUUAAAAAAAAAAAAAAAGUAGUUUAUAAGUUUUAUAGUAGAAGCAAGUAUCCUGAUGAUGAUUAAAAUAGAUACUGGGUAGCUUUAAUUUCCUGAGCAUGAACAUUGCUAUCUUACCUUCCCAGCAGGCUCAUCUCUCAUUUCAGGAUAUGAAAGUGUAAGCAGUGAGACUGUUGUAAAGCUGAUGAAAUUACACAGCUAAAGAUAAAGCACCUCAGUAAGUUGUCAGGCUCUGUCACUGUCAGAUGGGGAGACGUUUAUCAGUUAGUUCAUGCUGGGUAUUUUUGUGGCAGCCCAGUGUACACACUCCUCCUGCUGUUCCAGGAGUUGCCAAGCCUCCCCAUGAUGGCAGGCACUGGGUCUGUUUGUGCUUUCACCUUCACUGUGUUUAGUCUCAUCUCCCUCUCGUGUUAAUGAAGAUGAGACUCUUCAGGUGCUCUAUUUGUCCCAGCUUUGAAGGGCUGGUGUCUGAGUUAUUACGGUGGUACACGGGAUAAACUUGGAGCUUUUAAAUGUUUCAGGUCUCUGAUGGAUAUUCUAACCUGUCACAGGUGAUGGAUGCUGGAGAAAAUGAUUUUUCUUUCCUCUAUUCCAACUUCACACUGGUUUGCUCUUUCUCCCUUCUUCUGGUGGAGCAGUAAGGGAGAGGGGCUACUUCUAAAAAAUGAAGUUUUUUGCCAAAGUUCAGAAGGUUUCCAGCUCUGAUAUGUGUUGUGGUACUCAGUGCUUUGGACAAAAUGAUUUGCCUGCUGCUUUGUCAAAAGUGCUUCCCUUAAAAUACGGCAGGACUCUUGGCACCAAAGGCAGACAGCUUUUCUAGGGAGAUGCAGUUCGACUCUUGGGCGUCAGUCCUGACAGAAACGACUUUGUUAGGAUUGUCAGAGCUGGUCAUUCAUUUCCAUGGAGCCCCCAGGUUCUGGCUGGGUGGAGAGAGGACUGUCAGCUCCUCCUCUUCCUCACAGCCUUUGUGUGAAUGAUGUCUCUGGGUGGGUGGUGGGCAGGAGAAUGAGCAGAAAGGCCCAGAGGAGUAAGAGACUGUUGCAGCUCGUUGGGUCUGGGUGCCUUUGGUGUCUUCUGCUCCCUGAGGUCCUGAGCCCAGGACACUGGUGCUGUGUCUGGAGCUUUAGUAGGCUGCUUGGCACUCCUUGCUUAUUUUCUUCUGUAAUUACAAAAAAUAACUGCAAUUAAAACCAUAUGGUUCUUC